GUAACUCGAUUUUUCGAAAAUAUGGAGUGUUUGGCAUCAUUUUUUUCUGCUCGUCGAGCUCUAGAUGAUGAGACUAUAAGUGUCCCUAUAGAACGUCUAUAAAUGUGUUUAAUUUCAGUUCCAUACUGACGCAUGUCGGGUUUUUGGCUUUCAGUUGAUUUCCAGGGUGACGUUAAAAAUCAACCAAUCGCGUUGUUUUAUUUGGUCGCCAUCUUGGAUUUAGAGCAAUGGCUGUGUUAGAUUUGUGCAGUGACAACAAGUGGAUUUUCUUUAGAAAAACUAGUCGUGCAAGUUGUAUUGUACAAAUAUGCUGAAUUUCGAUGUUCUUCCAGAUGAACUAAUACUGCAUGUUUUCAUAUACAUUGACCUACAACACCUUCUCCAGUCUGUAAAUAGAGUGUGUCAUAAGUUCAACGAUGUGAUAAAGAAGCACUCAAUACUAUGGUGCCAUUUCGAGUUUCCUGAACAACUGGAAUUGAAUAAAACCAAUUUGGAAAAUAUUCUGUCUCAUUCUGUGAGGAUUGUUGAUCUGUUCAUGCCAUGUACUGUGUUAAAAUGUAAAAUACCAGAAAUCACCAAAGUGUUUGCUGCAUCCAAGUUUACGUACUUGGACCACCUAAAUAUCAGUGAAGCUCCGAUUUCAACGCUUUGUUGGUUAUACAAUGCACCAAAUAUUCGUGUAUUAGACCUCUCAGGUUGCAGUCUUCUCGUUGAUGAAGAUUUUCAGGUUUUAGUUGAUUGCUUCAACUUGGAACAGCUGUAUUUAAGUUUCACAAACAUUACACAAACAACACUUGUGAAAGUAUGCUUAAAUAAACAUAUGUAUUUACUAGACGCGUGUGGUGUGAAACUAGAUGUUGAACAUUGUAGAAACUUACUGAAAAAUGUACAGGGACAUAUGAUAUCUAUUCAUAUUUCACUUCAAAACAAUGUUGAUCAAAAUGAUUUUAAAUACCAUAUAAUAGACUGUUUCCUGGACACCACAGUGAAGAUAUACGUUCAAGCAUGAGCAGAAUUAAUUUACGUGAGGACAUUCGAGACCUUGAAAUGAAAUACCUUGACUGCAGUAUUCAUAUUGUUUUAGCAUCAUUUAGAGGAUUUAAAACAAGCAAGUGAAAUCCGUAAUUUUAAAGAUGAGUAAAUUUAGUGUCAGUCAGGUGUUGAAUAUGCUAAAUGAUAUGGACUCAGACGAUGCAAUGGCAGAAAAUACUCAGUCUGAUGAUGAGAAAGAGAAUGCCAAGGAGGAAAAUGGUGUACCUUUAAACCUGUAUGACAGUAAUGAAUUACCGGUAUCUUUUGUAGAGGAACUUAACGGUCAACACCUCUGUAUGGUGUCUGAGAACAGUAUUGAUGUUUUCAUGAACUUAGAUCAAGCACACCAUGGACCUUAUGCUGUUGCAUAUAGCAAUUCAGUAAAUAGUGAAAACCCGAAAGAAGUGAUACACAAUGAUGCCAUAACGCCUACAUAUUUCGACAACACUUAUGAUACAAUAAAUGAGGAAUGUAACCUAUUAGAACUCCAAUCACCAAACAACAAUCAAG